UUGCGUAAAGAAAAUUUAAAAAGUUGAUCUACUUUAGACUGUGUACUACACUCUAUUAAGAAAAUCUAGAUUUAAUCCAGUGUUAAAACAUGACUAAUCGUGUUUGUUUAUAUGGAUGAGUCUAUGAAUAGAUCCAGAUUUAUAGAAGAACAACAGUAAAGCUAGAUUCUAAAUAUCCUGCGCAGUUAAAUCUAGAUCUAGACUACUUAUAAGACUUAGAUCUAAUCAUCUAUCAUUCAUUUAAUAUUUUCAUUGUAGUUAGUGUGUGCAUUUUGUAAGAGGCAAUUGAAUGGCCAGGAGAGUACUUGAGGCUGAACUACUUGCUAGCCAAGGAAUUAAUCAAGUGCCACUGGGACCAGGGAAAUCUGUUGAAAUAGUCAAAGAAUUCAAACUGCACAAAACCUAUAAUGGUGUCUUUAGUCUACAAUUUAACUAUUCUGGGGAAAUGUUGGCAGUGGCCUAUGGGGCAGGUGGAAUACAGAUCUAUGAAAUGAGUUCUGGAAAUAUGAUUCAAGAAUUAAGAUCUUGUCGACAAGGUGGCUAUGCUGUGAUGGUGGUGAGGUUUCAUCCAAAGGACCCCAACAUUUUGUAUGCUGCUACUACAGAGGGUCAUAUUUAUAUUUUCAAUAUUACAACUGGAGAACUGCUGCAGACCAUUGAAGAAGUAGGAAAUGAAAUCAAUUCUUUAGACUUCAGUUUGGAUGGCUACAACUUUGUGACUGGAGGAAAGGACUUGGCUAUAAGAGUGUAUGAGACAAAAACCAAUAAGUUGGUGAAGGUGUUUGAAGGUCACAGCAACAGAAGCUUUGUUUUAGAUAAAGAUAAAGUUGGCAACAGAAUGAGAGUCUUUUCUAUCAAGUUUCAUCCCAACAAUCAAUAUAUUUUUGUUACUGGUGGCUGGGACAAUCAUAUUAAAAUUUGGGACAUCCGAGACAAUGAUGGCGUGAAGAGAAAUAUUACAGGACCUCACAUUUGUGGUGAUGCUAUAGACAUUAUGGAUAACAGUAUAUUAACUGGACAGUGGACAGCCCUACAUGCUCUUCAAGAAUUUAACUACACUACUGGGGCAUUGACUAGAGAAAUUAAAUUUCCCAACACAGAUGGAGCCUUUCUUUAUGCUGCUCUCUAUUGUAAUAGUUCUUGCGUUUUUGCUGGUGGGAGUGGUACAAACAGAGCUGAAGUCAUUGAGCUGGCUACAAACAGGCACAUUGGUGGUUACCUUAUGCCUGGACCAGUGCAAGCCCUUGACUCCACUAACCAGGGAAGACUUUUAGCUGUUGGUGGUGCUGCUCCUUUGUUUGCUCUGCUCAGUAUCAAAGAUUAAUUCUGUGUCACAAGCAAUUAACUUGUAACCUACACUGAAAUAUUGACACCUACAGUGUUUGGUGUCAGUUAUGAAAUUCGUUUCCGUGUUGACCUACACACAUUUUUUUAACUAUAAUUUGAUGAAUUAUAUUUCUCUAAUGCUUUUGAAUACAAUGCCUAAUUUCCAUUUUUUUUUCGGUCAAAUAUUUUUCGACCUGGUGUCCAAAUAAAUACACAUUAGUGUAACUCAUUAUAUCACGUCAGAUUUUACUAUUUCUUAAGUUAAUUUCCAUCCUUUCAACAUCAUUGUUUAAUUUGCAAUGAUCCAGCAAUUCAAAAUUUAGUAAAUACUUUCUGUUCUGCCAUUAAAUGUUGAUACCUUUAAAGAUCUGUGCCUGCCGAAAAUGCAUUUGCUGUGAUAAAAUACAGAAUUCCGUCCACAAACAUGUUGGCCUUAUUGCCAGAAAAUUAUUUUUUUUUUAUUCAUUUUAUUAUUAUUAUUGAAAAGAUUCAACCUUUGUGUAGUGUAUAUGUACAUGUGUAUGAAAGUAAGGUAGACCAACAGACAGAUUAGUGAUUUGUGAGGGUAGUGCUAAUAAAUACAACAUUAGAAAUGCUUCUUUUAAAGACGGAACAUUAUAUACGUCAAAUAGAUGUGAGGGUAGUGCUAAUAAAUACAGCAUUAGAAAUGGUUCUUUAAAAGACAAAUAUUAUAUACGCCAUCUCUAUUUACCCGUACCGUAUUUAAUUUUUUUUUAAUUGCAUUCCUAAAAUUAUAGUACAUUUACCUAAUAGAUUUUAAGUUUGCUUUUUUUUUUCAGGUUUCAUAAAGAAACUCUUUAUGUUCUGGUUUCAUUGACACCUUUAUUUAAACCAAAACAACACUUGUACUUAUUUUUAAAACAAAACCAUGUGGUUACUUUGGUCUAGUAACAUUCCUUGCACUAUACGCUAGGACAAAUUUGUACAAAUGCUCCUUCUUCCCUAGUACUAUUAGGGCAUGGAAUGGGCUGCCUCAGUCAGCCAGGAAAACCAAUUACUUGGCAGACUUGAUUUUAUAAGAUACAACCUGCCAGAAACCUUCAGUUUCUACUAUAGUUUAGCCUGCUUUAUGGGCUCACUUGUGAGCUUUUUUACUUCAAAUUAUUUUUUUAUAUUUCUAGUCACUAUUGUCACAAAUGAAUCCUAACGAAAAAUCCUUGAAUCAUACAAGAACAAAUAUUCAAACUGGAAAAUCCUUUUUUACCCUCUCAAAAAAAAUCUUUUGCGACCAGCAUAUUGAGAACCACUGAAUACAUUGAUUUUUUUUUUUUUUCUUUUUGUUAUUUAACUCAAAUGAUGACAAUUCAAAAAAAUGUGACAUUGACAUUCCUGUAUCUGUUUCACAAAUAAACCAAGUAGUAAAUUG